UAGAGAGACAAAGUGAUAUAUAAGCUUUAAAGACGGCCAUGAGCGACGAAGAUUCCGCUCACAGCAACGAACAAGAGCUCAGACGGCUACUUAGUGAACGCCUUGCUGCAUUCGCUUUGGCUUCUCAGAGAAAAAGUUCGAGUAACCAGACUCGAAACCUUCCAACUCCCGCUCUACCCGCAAAUUAUUCUCAAGCUCAAGACAUGCCAAUUGAACACCCAAUUCAGCCAUACAUGGAAGAGCUUAAGAGGGUCCAUCUUGCAGCGGCGGCGGGAAGUCUCGAAAAUGCGCUUCGAAUUUUGCUAUGUACGUUGGCCAAUCCAACGUUCAGACUGAAUCCUCCUCCCUACGGACAGAGCACGACUAGCAAUAGCAACGAGACGACUUCAGAAGUAGUUUCCCGACGACCAUUCGUGUCGGAGGAAAACGAGGCGCCGGAUCCAAAUGUUUUCGUCAACAAAAUCUUGGCCAUACAGCAAGGAAUGCCGGUCCUUGAUGGGGGGGCUCCUCCGGUGCAAGUUGCAUCAAGGGGUCUAGAAACUUCUCAACAACUUCAGGCUCGGCUUCUUUUGCAAUUCCUUGUCGGGAUAAAUAAUCAGCAGCAACAUCGUAAGCAAUCACCAGUCACUCCGAAACCAGACCUUGGAAAUGAGACCAGAGAACUAGUUGCGGCAAACUUCCUGGUCGGGAUGAGGGACAAACUCGAAAGUGCUGUGGAUGCCAGCGGAAGAACUCGUAUAUCUCAUAGACCAAGAGCUUCCAUAGGUAUUGACGAAAGGGUGACAGUAGCAGACAAAGCCAGAGCGGGUAAUCACUCUCUUUCCAGGAUAUUUGCAACGGUCAUUUCCGUUGCGGCAAAGCCCGCACCCAUUUCCUUGCGUGAAAGACCAACCGAAGAGUCCUGUCGAACCACUUCAGGUUCAAGCUCAUCAGAUUUGUGCGUGAUAGAGCGAAGGAGCGCUCGGGAGGGUCCUGAAGCGUUUCCGCAAAAGCUGUACCGUUUGUUAGAAGAAGCAGUGGACCUCGGCAACGAAGACAUUGUGUCCUGGAUGCCUGGCGGAUUAUCGUUCCGGAUACAUAAGCCAAGAGUGUUUGUGAGAGAUAUUGCACCUAAGUACUUUCGACACACCAAGAUAAGUUCGUUUAUGCGACAACUGCAAAUGUACAGCUUUCACCGAAUAUGCGAAGGUGGUAUCGUGGAUGUAUACAUGCAUCCCAACUUCAAGCGCGGAUUCCCGGAUCGCCUUCACCUAAUACAAAGGGCCGGGACAACAGCAUUGAAAGGCAAGUAAAAAUCGCUGUUUAAUACGACGCUGUAGCAGAAGUGAUAGAAGCCACUUCCGUAUCGUUUUCUCCAACAACGAAAAUGCGCAACAUUAACUUACCCAUGAAAAGUGAGGUAAGGUU